AAGAAAAAAAAACGCACACACUUCAGCAAUUAUGAUGGGCAGGGAGGAAUUCAGCUGGUGUCCGAAUUCACCAGACCAAUACCCUUCAUCGAGCUCAACAACAACAUCCACCACCAGGAAGAAGAAGAUGAAGAACAAGAACAAGGACAAGAACAAGAACAGAAAGAGGUUCAGCGACGAGCAGAUCAAGUCACUGGAGUCCAUCUUCCAGUCGGAAUCCCGACUGGAGCCCCGAAGGAAGGUCCAGGUCGCUAAGGAACUUGGGCUGCAGCCUCGCCAGGUGGCCAUAUGGUUCCAGAACAAGCGGGCUCGACGCAAGUCCAAGCAGCUCGAGCGAGACUACAACAUCCUCGGGGCUAGCUACACCGCCCUGGCUUCCCGUUUUGAGUCCCUCAAGAAAGAGAAACAAGCCCUGGCUUUAAAGGUAUUGCAGACGCUGAAGGCAGAGGAAUGUGAAGGAGUACCAGCUGCUGCUGCUGCUGCUACUAAUAGCAGUGAAACAAUCAAGACCAAACCCAAAUCGAGGCCGAGGAUUUUGAUUCAGGGUUCAGGAGAAGGACUAGGAUUCAUGUCGGAUGAGUAUCUGGGGAUGGAAGAGGCAGAUGAGGAAGCUGCAAAACUUAUGAGUGACAUGGUGGAAGAUGGUGGCUGUGAUGGAUCACAGGAAGACUGGGGGUGUUUGGAUUCAGAUGGAGUGUUGUUUGAUCAACCAAGCAGCGAUUGUCAAUGGUGGGACUUUUGGGCUUGAUCGAUCGAUUGAACUUCAGGGUUCUUAAUUUUGAUUUUGUGCGCUCUUAAUUAGCUUGGAGUUGUUGGAAUCAGAUUAUUAUGUGUAUAUAA